UAAACUCACACGUAAUAUGGAUGAAAGACAAAAAAUUUCGUGGUUCUACAUUUGUGUAUAUUCAAAAAAAAUCAAUGGUUAUCGAAAUUUCUUAAAUAAACGUUGGCUUUAGAAACAAGGAAAAAUCAAGUUCGUUUUGUUUUAUUGGUUGAUAAAAGGUAAAAUGAAGAGGGAGAAUAAGCGGUGCAUCUUCAUUAGCCAAUUUUAUCUUUGGUUUUUCUAUCCACUUUGUUUGUGAUGCAAGAACUUAGCAAUCCACAUGCUAAGAAUAGUAGCGGUUUCAAAAUGGAGGAUGGAAAAUCCCUACGCAAAAUUACAAAACCUUCUUUCUGGGUUCUUUUUCUCUCGCAAUCUCCCAUUAUUCAAGGAACAACAUAAAAAAACAAACACCCAUAUGGAACCAACUGUUACAACCUUCCGGUUCAUGUUGGAUGUUGGAGACAGAUUAAAACAACUUUUCAACAAUUAGUUUCUUUCCAUUUCUAUAUAAACUCUCUAAUCCUCCUCUUCCACCUCUUACAAACACCUCACUCCCUCUUCUAAAUUAAAAAUAUUGGCAUCAUCAUGGGUAACAGACAAGUAUAUUUGGCCAUAAUUAUAGCAUGGCUUACUUUGUUUGAAGGAAACAUGAUGCUUGUUAAUGGUGAUUUGAAUUACAAGGAGGCUCUCACCAAAUCCCUUAUCUUCCUCGAGGCACAACGAUCAGGGAAACUUCCCUCGAGUAACAGGGUGCCAUGGAGAGGAGACUCAGGACUCGACGAUGGAAAACUCGUCAACGUGGACCUUGUCGGGGGAUACUAUGAUGCCGGGGACAACGUGAAAUAUGGUCUCCCCAUGGCGUUCACCGUUACUACGCUGGCAUGGGCUGCUAUUUUUUACAAGGAAGAAUUUAAAGAAGCAAAAGAGCAUGAUCAUCUUCUCGCUGCCAUUCGUUGGGGCACUGAUUAUUUUCUGAAAUGUAGUUCUCGACGCAAGAGAUUAUACGUAGAGGUAGGGGACGCGGAAGAGGAUCACAAGUGUUGGAUGCCACCGGAAUAUAUGAAGACAAAGAGAACGGUUAAGAAGAUCGGUGACGGUACGGCCGGGAGUGAAAUCGCAGCUGAAACUGCAGCUGCAAUGGCAGCUUCUUCCAUCGUUUUCAGACCCAAAAAUCGCAAAUAUGCUCGCACUCUUCUCAACAAAGCUAAAACGCUUUUCCAUAUGGCCAAAUCCCAUAAAGGAACCUACGAUGGAGAGUGUCCCUUCUACUGCUCUUAUUCCGGCUACAAUGACGAAAUGAUGUGGGCAGCAACAUGGCUAUACAUGGCUACGAGGAAGUCAACGUAUUUGAAGUACAUAUUAGAAGAUUCCAAGAGUGCUAGUGUAGCAGAAUUUAGUUGGGACCUUAAAUAUGCUGGAGCCCAAGUCCUUCUUAGCCAGUUAUAUUUCGAGGGUGAAAAGAAGUUCGAAAAAUUCAAAAACCAUGCAGAAAGUUUCAUGUGCUCUGUCCUUCCAGAGAGUCCCUACAACCAGAUUACAAUGUCUCCUGGUGGCUAUAUUCAUUUAAGAAACGGAGCGAACUCGCAGUAUGCAACUAGCAGCGCUUACUUGUUCAUUGUAUACAGUGACUUGCUUGCGAAAUAUAAAGGCAAAAUUGUUUGUGGUGAAAAAUCGUUUGACUCUUCGCAUCUCUUAUCUUUCGCUAAGAAACAAAUGGAUUACAUUCUAGGGAAAAACCCACUAGGAAGAUCGUACAUGGUAGGAUUUGGAAAGAACCCACCAACGCAACCUCACCAUAGAGGUGCUUCGGUGCCAACACUGAAAAAGGGUGAAGAAAAUGUGCCUUGUGGCCUCACCUUCACAAAAUGGUUUCUGAUAGAUGCACCUAACCCUCAUGAACUCACUGGUGCCAUUGUGGGUGGAGCUGAUCGAGAAGACAAGUUCAAGGACAAACGUUGGGAGUCACCCUACACUGAACCAUGCACCUACGUUAAUUCCCUAGCUGCUGGAGUUCUUGCAAGGCUUGCAUCUUUGUACUGAUUUUCAUCUUAUUCUUUCCAAAUUUUGUAUUUAGAUUGUUACCUGUGAUUAAUUACUUACCUCUGUAAAGUCUCUUAAUUUAGCAUGUCAGAUUAAUGAGCUUCUACCUUGCUCCACUAAAUAAUGGAUGAUGAAUAAGAAUUAGGAAACAUAGAUCAGCCACGAAUGAUGUAUUAUGUAUUAGCUUUAAGAAUUAUGUCAAACCCUUCUUUCUCAUUUCCUUAAUUUGUGUGAUUUUCUCAAGAAAAUAAAUUGUACACAUGUUCUUCAAAUAAUCAAUCUCA